AUGGGAGUCUUCUACGAGGCUCCUUCAUGGAAGCACGAAGACUACUGGCCAUUUUUGCUUCUCCAAAGAAUUAUGGAAUAUGACCCAAAUGCACCUAUAAACACAAACUAUCCUUAUGGGCUCUACAAUUAUAUGAACAGAUGGUUUGGGGACAUGAAAGAUAUUAAAAAACAAGAAUGCUUAUUUAUCCCUUACAGAGACACUGGGAUGUUUGGCCACUACGCCUCAGGUGAGUUCAUAACCUCAUUAAUCAAGCCAACAAUUGAUAGAAAACAAACAUACCUCGAAGAACUGUCAUUUGAAGAAAUCCAAAGAGCGAAAAAUAAAAUUUAUACUGAGUUGUUAGCUAUUGAAGCAGGAAGCGACAUGAUUCAAACCCUUGGGUGCCAGCUCAUUUAUAUGGACAAAAAAGUACCGAAAACUGAAAUAGCUUCAAGAAUUGCAGCUAUGGAUAAGAAGUAUUUGGAAGCGACUUAUAAGAAAUGAUUUUCUGAAGGAGAUACUGCAUUAGCUAUAUAUGGGCCGACAAGCACAAUACAGAGAAUUAAUGAAGUAUAG